AUGACAGUACAUGGAAAUACAAAAACCAGUCCAAUGGUUACAUUACUAGCAGGUGGAGUUAGUGGUGUUAUUGCAAAAUCCACAAUUGCCCCAUUAGAACGAGUUAAAAUUUUAUACCAAGUGAAAAGUAAGAUGUAUUCAUUCAAUAGUGUUUAUGGAUUAAUGAAAAAUAUUAUAAAAAAUGAAGGUUUGGCUGGUCUUUGGAAAGGAAAUACAGCAACAAUUUUAAGAAUUUUCCCAUAUUCAGCGAUUCAAUGGACUUCAUACGAUUACUUAAAAAAUAAUUUUGUAACAGAUAAAAAAAGUUCAGUUCAAAUUUUUAUUGCUGGUAGUCUUGGAUUUAGUUGUGCAAUUUUAUUGACUUAUCCAUUAGAUGUAAUAAGGGCAAGAUUAGCAUUAUCAUAUAGUAAUAAUAAUAAUAAUAAUAGUAUUAAUAGUAAAAAUUUAAAUUCGAGCACACAACCACCAAAAGUAUUAAAAAAUGGAAUUGGUGCAGUUAAUAUUGAGAAAUCUAUUGAUUUUAAUGGUUAUAAAACUAAAGGAUUAUUUAAAGGAAUAUGGAGAGGUAUUUUACCAACAUUAUAUGGUUCAAUUCCAUAUGCUGGUGUUGGUUAUUCAUCAUUUGAAUAUUUUAAACGUAUUGCACCAGAUUCAUUUAGAAAUGAAAAAGGUGAUGUUAUUGGAAUUUAUAAAUUAAUUUCCGGUGGUGUUGCUGGUGGGUUAGGUCAAACAGCUGCAUAUCCAUUGGAUGUUGUUAGAAGAAGAAUUCAAACCACUGGAUAUGGCGAUGGAAAAGGUGUUGAAAAUUUAAAACAUUCAACUUUAAAAACAAUGUUUACAAUCUUUCAAAAAGAAGGUAUCUAUGCCUUAUUCAAAGGUAUUAGUAUAAACUAUAUAAAAGUUAUACCAACAAAUGGUGUUGCUUUCUUAACAUAUGAAACAUUAUGUGAUUAUUUUAAUUCAAAAUUAAAUAAAAAUUAA